AUGUUUCAUUCAUUUCAGGGUGUAAUCGAUGUUGGUUGUACUCGUGAGGUUCGUAUCGGUGGCCUUCUGGUCCGAUUGACGGGUGUGGCCGAGACUGGUUGGCGGAACAAAAACAGUGACCUAUCGUACGAAUCCCGACAUAAUUUCAUGGACGAACUCAUCGAUCUGCGCUUCAAGAAAACUUUCAAAGUAUAUCCCUACCUGAACCUGGACGCUCCAUAUAUGCGAGAUUCCACAGCGGCAACAGAGGAAGAACUGAUUGUUGGAUGCUGUGGCCGACAACGCGGAACCAUUGUGGCCUCUAUGAAAGUGCAAGAAGUCGGACUUCUACCUGGUGAGACAACUCGGAUUACUUUGACCGUGGAGGAUCGAACGCGACGGAAACGUUGGCAACGGAAAGAAGGUUACCGGAAACAUUUCUAUGUUCUUUUGAAAUUCUAUUUACUGUUUCGUAGUACUCAAAAAUCAUUGAAUUAG